AUGAUGAACGAUUAUACUUUUUUACAUAAUUUACCAGAUGUACCAGUACCAUUUAUUAACCCAGUUAUUACUGGUGAUGCUUGGAAAUUAAAAGAAUUAUCACAUAAAAAAUAUGAUUCAAUGAUUAGCAGAAUCGAAUUAAAUCCAGUUAAUAGUUCAGAGAUUGUAGCAACAUUUAAUAAUAAAGUUAGAUUUUUAUCAACCAAUUCAAAAAAACCAGAUGAAAGAGAAAUCACAUCAUUUAAAGAUACCCCAUAUGGUGCAUCAUAUAGAGAUGACGGUAAAUUGAUUGUUGUAGGUGGUGAAGACCCAGUUGUAAAGCUUAUUGAUGUAUCAAGCAGAAAUAUAUUAAGAAAAUUUGAAGGUCAUACAGGUGCAAUUCAUUGUACUCGUUUCGUUGAAAAAGGAACAUUAAUUUCAUCAUCAAACGAUGGCUCUAUUAGAACUUGGGAUAUUCAAACAGGUGAUCAAUUACAAAUUGUAGGUAAUCAUCAAGAUAAAGUACGUGCAUUAGCAAAACACCCAACCAAUUUCGAAAAUAUUUGGAUGUCAGGUAGUUAUGAUCACACAGUUAAAGUUUGGGAUAUUAGAAGUGGAGGUAAUAAAGCAACCAUGUCAUUCAACCAUGGCGCACCAGUUGAAGAUUUAUUAAUGUUACAAGGUGGCACAAUUGCAAUUUCAGUCGGUUCAAAUUAUUUCAAAGUUUGGGAUUUGGUUUCUUCAAAAGAGGUAUAUCAAGGUAUUCAUGCUGUUAAAUCAAUGACAUCAAUUCAUUUAUCAAAUUCAAAAGAUAGAUUUUUAACUGCUGGUUUAGAUCACACCGUUAGAGUUUUCAGUACACAAUCUUAUUCACUCAUCAACUCUAUUGAAUUCAGCGAACCACUUCUCUCUUUAACCCUUGUCGAUGAUCGUAAAGUUAUCGCCGGUUCCGCUAAAGGUUCAUUAUAUUAUGCACGUAAAACCAAUCCAGUUUCAGUUUCAAAAUCAAAAAAAACCUCAGAAUCAUCAAUUUUCAAUAAACAUAAAAAUGGUAAACCACAAUUAAACAAUCAAAUUAUUACAAAUGACUCUUUAGGUAUUUAUAAGUCAAGCCAUUUAGAUAGAUUAUUACGUAAAUUUGAACAUAAAUCAGCUUUUGAUACUGCUAUUUUUAUUAAUAAAAAUAUUGAUUUUGUUUUUAAAGUUGUUUGUGAAUUAUCAAGAAGAGACGCUUUAGAUAUUGUAUUAAAGGAAAGAGAAACUACAGAAUUAGAUAGUAUUUUACAAAUGAUAAAUAAAUUAAUAAAUACAAUGAAAUAUCAACAAUGUGGUGUUUUAUUAUUAGAAAAAAUUGUAGACUUUUAUCACCCAUCCGUUUUCCAAGAGAAUAAACAAAUUUCAACAACAAUGAGCUCAAUUAAAGUAAAUUUAGUAAAAGAACAAAAGAAGCAAGCUCAACUUUUAGAAUUAUCAGGUGCUUUAGAGUUAUUAUAUUCAAGCUCGAUAUCACAAUCAACUCCUUCUACUCCUUCAAAAAGAAAAUUAGAAGAUGAUGAAUAA